AUGAGUGACUUCUUGAGGGAGCUUACUGACAAUUUCAACACGGCAGACCUGGAAAGAGAUGGAGAGACACAACCGCCUCAACAAGAGACAACAUUACAACAAGAUAAUCUAGAAAAUUUGUGGAACAAGUCAGUCUUCAAUGGUGACCUCAACAACAACGUCGAAGGUAUGAUAAAUGAGGCAAGCAUCAGUUCGAGGGGACGCCAGCUAGAGGUUGGCAUAUGGACCGAAGAACUGGACAAACGAACCAAACUAGAAGGAUGUUCAACCCCUUACCCAUAG